ACAUUUCCCCCUCUUGUCAAAGCUGGCUCUUGACGGCGCUCGUCGACCGGGUAGUCGAACUCCAGCCAUAGCGGCGCAUCCUGUGCCAAACAUUCCCCUGCGCCUCAAGUUGUAUGUUUGUGUUCCCGAGAGCCAUUUUAAAACACCCACCUCGGUCCUUAAGGCGACUUUUUUCGUUACGCGACUGCCGACGUCAGACUUCCAGAAUGACCUUCCAGUACCCGACUGCGAGCCGCGACGAGGCGGUAGUGGAUGAUUAUCACGGCUACAAAAUGCCAGAUCCAUACAGCUGGCUGGAAGACCCCGACAGUGAAAAGACCCAGGCGUUCGUCAGUGCUCAGAACCAGCUCACAUUGCCCUUUUUGGAGCGCUGUGAGGUUCGAGAUCUGUUCAAGGAGCGCAUGACUGAGCUGUAUGACUAUCCCAAGUAUAGCUGUCCUUUCAAAAGGGGAAGCAGGUAUUUUCACUUCUACAACACUGGCCUUCAGAACCAGAGUGUAAUGUAUGUGCAGGAGAGCCUGGAUGCAGAACCUGCUGUCUUUUUGGAUCCAAACACAUUUUCUGAUGAUGGGACAGUUGCCCUGCGAGGCUACGCAUUCUCAGAAGAUGGAGAGUACUUGGCUUAUGGAACUAGUGCCAGCGGGUCUGACUGGGUGGAGAUCCACUUCCUGCGCGUGGAGGGUGCCAAGCUGUUGGAUGAUUGUCUAGAGCGGGUCAAGUUCAGCUGCAUGUCCUGGACCCAUGAUGGGAAGGGACUUUUCUACAACUCCUACCCUAAGCAGGAGGGCAAGAGUGAUGGCACGGAGACAUCUACCAACUUGCACCAGAAGCUGCACUUCCACAUUUUGGGAACGCAGCAAUCUGAGGACGUGCUGUGCGCCGAGUUUCCUGAUCAACCCAAGUGGAUGAGUGGAGCCGAGGUUUCGGACGAUGGCCGCUAUGUGCUGCUGUCCAUCAGGGAAGGUUGUGACCCUGUCAACAGAUUGUGGUAUUGUGACCUCAAGACUACCCCUAAGGGCAUCACAGGACUUUUGCCAUGGGUGAAGCUUAUUGACAACUUUGACGCCGAGUACGAGUAUGUAACCAAUGAGGGGACAGUUUUUACAUUCAAGACAAACCUGGACGCCCCACGUUACCGCCUCAUCAACAUCGACUUUGCCUCUCCGGCUCAGAAAAACUGGACCGAGCUCAUCCCUCAGCAUGAUAAAGACGUCAUCGUAUUCGCCACCUGCACAUACUCCAGCUACCUGUUUGUGUGCUUCCUCCAUGAUGUGAAGAAUGUCCUGAAAAUGUAUCUUCUGAGCUCGGGAGAAGAGCUCAGGACCUUUCCUCUGGAUGUCGGCUCCGUGGUCGGAUUCACUGGACGGAAGAGGGAUUCUGAGAUAUUUUAUUAUUUCACCUCCUUCCUCUCACCAGCCAUCAUUUACCACUGUGACUUGACCAAGGACCCACUGCAACCUCACAUCUUCAGAGAGGUCACCGUCAAAGGUUUUGACCCUUCUGACUACCAGACCACCCAGGUCUUCUACGCUUCCAAGGACGGCACACAAAUCCCCAUGUUCAUCGUUCACAAGAAGGGAAUCAAAAUGGACGGCUCCCACCCGGGCUUCCUGUACGGCUACGGCGGCUUUAACAUCUCCAUCACGCCCAGCUACAGCGUCUCCCGUCUCAUCUUCGUGCGGCACCUAGGCGGAGUCCUGGCCGUCGCCAACAUCCGGGGAGGUGGCGAGUAUGGCGAGACCUGGCACAAAGCUGGUAUGUUGGCAAACAAGCAGAACUGCUUCACAGACUUCCAGUGUGCAGCAGAGUAUCUAAUCAAGGAGGGAUACACCUCGUCGUCCAAACUCACCAUCAAUGGAGGCUCAAACGGCGGCCUUCUCGUAGCGGCGUGUGUAAACCAACGACCCGAGUUGUUCGGCUGUGCUGUCGCCCAAGUCGGUGUCAUGGACAUGCUCAAAUUCCACAAGUUCACCAUCGGCCAUGCCUGGACAACUGACUUUGGCUGCUCGGACGACAAAGAGCAGUUUGAGUGGCUGAUCAAAUACUCCCCGCUCCACAACAUCCAAGUCCCAGAAGACAACGGGGUCCAGUACCCCGCCGUCCUCCUGUUGACGGGCGACCACGACGACCGGGUGGUGCCCCUCCACUCGCUCAAAUACAUCGCCACCCUGCAGCACAUCGUGGGCCGCGACGCCAAGCAGGUCAACCCUCUGUUCAUCCUGGUGGACACCAAGUCGGGCCACGGCGCCGGCAAGCCCACCAGCAAAGUCAUCCAGGAGGUGGCCGACACUUACGCUUUUAUCGCUCGCUGUCUCAAAAUCUCCUGGGUUUAAAUAAGCCGCACCUGUCGUGUCUGUGUUCCUGUCUCGUCCCUCUCCCUUUACCGCCAAGGUUCCCCCGCAAAGAACUUGAAAAGAACACAAGUUAAUGGACAACACAUCCACAGCUUUCUCCUAAUGUCAUCACUUUGAGGCAAACUUACUGAAAUCAGCCAAUCAGCUGUUGUCAUGAGUGUGUAUUUACUUCCUGUAUUAUUUAUUGUUUACACAUUCAUCGGGACACUAUUGUGUGCAAAGCAAGGCUGCUACUGCACGUUAGCAGUGUCUCUACAACUAGUUUGUGACUGUGUGUGUCUUUCCCCGUACAUGCAGAAAGAUUUCUACCUCUUGACAUAUGCUGAUUGUUCCACCUUUAGAAAGGGAACACAACAAUGCCACAAUAAACAACCUUUUUUAAGCAGUGACA